AUGGUGGUGAUGAAGAUGAUGAUGAUGAGAGGAGCGGCACAGACACACACCUUCAUACGGAGACGCAGCGCCUUGGAUGAGAUUCUAAAGCAGUGCAAAGAAGACAAAAGGCGCAGCUGUCAGUUGUGAAUGUAGUCGACCCGCCUGGUCUUAUCUUCUCCUCCUCGCAGCCUGGCUGCUGUUGCAGACUUGUCCAACAAAGGGAGAGACUUGAAAGUACGCAUAGAUUUGGCACAAGUGCACAAACUCGAAUGGGUCUCGUCGCGAUGGCUUUUGAGUUGAAGAACACGUAACCACGCUGCUGUCACCCUGGUUCAACCCGUCGUUAAGGUAACCGGGAAGUUGAAACGGCGUCUUUGGCCGCUGGGAUGUUGUGAACGACGCGUGUGUGGGACAGAAAGAGCCGGGACGCAGAGCGCAGAGAGGGGAACCGGGACUGGACGCGCACCGGACGGGGAUUAUGGCUCUCGCAACGUUUUUUCUCAGCCUCACCACGCUGGCGCUUACGAACUUGCACCUGUCGAGAGCCAGCAACCGGCAUGCGGUGUACUGGAACAGCUCCAACAUACUGCUACGAAGGGAGGGCUACACGGUGCAGGUCAGCGUCAACGACUACCUGGACAUCUACUGCCCACACUACAACACCAGCCAGCGAGGGACACUAGAGCGCGUCGUGGCCGAGCAGUACGUCCUCUACAUGGUCAGCUACCGCGGCUACCGCACCUGCGAUCCUCAGCAUGGCUUCAAACGCUGGGAGUGCAACCGGCCCCACGCACCUCACGCGCCCAUCAAGUUCUCUGAGAAGUUCCAGCGCUACAGCGCCUUCUCACUGGGCUACGAGUUCAACGUGGGCCAGGAGUACUAUUACAUCUCCACACCCACCCACCACCACGGUCACAGCUGCCUGAGACUGAGGGUUUACGUCUGCUGCUCCACGGUUUCCCAGACAGAUGACGACUCCAGUCAGACUUCUACCGACUACACAGUUAGGCCAAACAUCAAAAUACACAACCUUGAUGAAUUUAACCCUGAAGCUCCCAAACUGGAGAAAAGCGUCAGUGGCAGCAGCCCAUCACGCGACCGCCUUCUUCUCACAGUGGCAAUGCUGCUCAUGUCUGCUGUGCUCUUGUCCUAGCGACGGUCAGACACUGUGACACUUCAUGCAGAGCUGGACCGCCUUGUGCAAAGGGCUUUGUAUGCACCCGAUGCGAGUUUUUUGGUGUUGGUGUGAAAGUGGGAGGAAACAUGGAGGAGAAUCAAGCAGAGCAACAACACAACCACAAGAGAAGGAACAUAACUUUAAAUAAAUAACAAACAAACAAAAAAAUCCUUGAAUUCAACUUAUGGACCUUAAAAAGGGAGAGGCCUUUCUUGCUGUCAUAUUUACACCCGUGUGUUGUUGGACAUCGUUAUCAUAUGAAUAGCACAGCAUUUCAUGCAAGUGCGUUUGCCACAACCAAUAUUCAGAAACAGACUCCAACGCUGCUGCUGUGCCUCAAGAGAGAGUGAACUUUGAGUUGGAUAAAGACUACAUACUGUUCCGUAGCAUUCAUAUUAAAUCACUCAAAGAGGCUCAGAAGGUGAAGACGUAAAAGGAUGGAUUUUUAAGCCUUGAAUGCUGAUGGAUUCAAACUUAGCUAUAAUGUAGUAAAAGAACAACCUGGAACUGACGAUCUCACCAGGACUAUACGUGAUGUUCGUUUAAUCAGUGAGCGACACAAACUGCCGUCGCCGUCCUUGACACCGAGGAAUGUUUUCAUGUCAGAGCGAUGGAGGUGUUGGUCGUGGGAGCCCGGUGUGGUUUCUAAAGCAAAGAGAAAAAGACUUUGUGAAGAUAUCCACAGGCCUUUCAAGAAUCCAUUUUCUCCAGACAUCAAAAGUAACCCCUGGCUUUGUGAUAGGUGCAGAUGCAAAGCCUGUGUUUCGUAGAAGAUAGCGAGUGCCAUCCGAGAACGAGUCCUUUGUCUGCGCUUCUUGCCGUCACAAACAUCCAGCAAGGGACUGACCCUGGACUGGUAAUUCGAUGGCACUUCGAUGUGAUAGAUGUGGUAGAAGUGUGAUUCGUUCUGAGGCAUUUACAUUCAACACUUGAUGACAUAGAUUUUCCAGAUGUCAACUCUUUCUCUCCUUGCAGCAGUCACCAGUCAUUGUAGGCACAAUUGUUAAAAACCUCCGAGGUAACGAGACCCCUUUUAAUUCCAGACUUUUCCUUUUUUCACCCAGCCAGUCAUCGCUGUCGGCCAUUACAGCAGUUGCAGUCACGAUGUUAAUGACCCCAUACAGUCGCCAGCGUGCGGCAGGUGCCUGAGGAGAAAUAAAGCUUUGAGUCUCAAAGUAACGCUGCCACCAUUUUGUUAUUAAAAUAAAAAUGAAAGGGGAAAAAAAAAAAAAAAAAAAAAAA